CUCCCGACGACCAUCACUCCUUCCUUGCUUGCUCGAUGCGCGUUCUUGUCACUGGAGCCUCUGGCCUCCUCGGCCGCGCCGUCGUCGAGCGCUUCCAGACCGCCGGGCACGAGGUGCUGGGCCUGGCAAAGACGCGUGCCGCAGCGCCGCUCGUGGCCAUCGACUUGCUGGACGAGUCGCGCCUGGCCGCCGAGCUGCAGCGCUUCCAGCCCGAGGCCAUCAUCCACUGCGCCGCCGAGCGCCGCCCGGAUGUAGUGCAGGGCAACCCUGAAGCAGCGCACGCGCUCAACGUCGAGGUGCCAGGCACCCUGGCGCGCCUUGCGGCGGCGCUUGACGUCGAGGGCGCCGGCAAGCCGCUCAUGGUCAACAUCAGCACGGACUACGUGUUUGACGGCACCUCGCCACCGUACAGCGUCGACGACGCGCCGAACCCGCUGAAUGCCUACGGCUCAAGCAAGUGGGACGGCGAGCGCCGCGUCGCCGCUAAUGGAGCGGAGGGACGGAGUACUAGCUGGCGCGUGCCUGUCCUGUACGGCCGGGCGGAAGCGAACAGCGAGUCGGCCGUCAACUGCCUGCUGGACGCUCUUGUGCCUCGCGCCGAGCCGCUGAAGAUGGAUGCAAUGGCAGUGCGCUACCCAACAGCAGUGGCGGACGUGGCGCGCGCGCUCGAGUCGCUGUGCUCAAUAUGGCGAGCGUCGCUCUCGAGCAAUGCUUUUAUCGUACCGCCGAUUCUGCACUUCAGCGCGCGCGAGGCCAUGUCGAAGCUGGACAUGUGCUACGUCCUGGCCCGCAUCCAGCGUUCGCUGUCCGAGCCUGCGUCUGUCGACCAUCUCGAGGCAGUGUACGAGCCAUCGCCAUCAGACACGAGCCGGCCCAAGCAUGUCAAGCUCGACUGCAGCGCGACGGAAGCGCUGGGCAUUGACAUCGCAUGCACGCCCUUUGAAGACUGGUGGACUCCCUACCUCACAGAGCUUGCCGUGACUGCUCGCGCCAAACGGGAAGCAGAAGCAGCCGCCGCAGCCGAAGAGGCCGAACGGCAGCACAAGAUCGCAGAGGCCGAGGCCGAGGCCGAGCGGCAGCGACUGCAGGCCGAAGCUGAGGCCGAGGCCGAGCGGAGGCGACAUGAGGAGGCUGAAGCUGAGCGGCAACGGCAGGAGGCGGAAGCAGAAGCGGAGCGGAAGCGCAAAGAGGAGGAAGCCGAGGCGGAGAGAUUACGAGUCGAGGAGGAGCGUAGGCGCGAGGAACAGGCGGAAGCGGCUCGGCAAGAGGAGCAGAAGCGUGCCGAGGAGGAGGCGCAGCGUCAGGCCGAGGAGGAAAAGGCGCGAGCCGAGCUCGCAGCACAGAAGGCUGCGAGCGAUGCUGCAGAGGCGCAAGCUGCGCAGGCCAAAGAGGAGGAGCGUCAGAGAGAGCAGGCGCAGGAGCGAGACGCAGCAGAAGCGGCACAGGCCAGCGCGCCGCAAGCUGCUGAGGCUCCCGACAGCUCCGCUGCCGACUCGUCGCGGGCGCAAGACGAAGCCAAGGUGCCAGCCUCCGCUACAGCGGCACCGGAAGAGGCGAGCAAGGAAGCUUCAGGCGCGACGACCGCUACCGAGCCCAGCCGCGACGACUCUGCGGCGGCGGCUGCCCAUCCAGCGCGGCCGCGUGCGCGAGGUGGCAGCACAGCAUCGCCGUCGCGUGCUUCAUCGUCGCGGACAGAGUCGCCCAUUCCGCCGCACAUGGCUGCGCCGACCUCGCCAAAUCCUUCCUUCAACUCGCUGCAGGCCCGCCCCACGCCGCCAGCGACGUCGGGCCGCAACUCGCCGGAGUCUUCGCGCUCUCGCCACUCUCUCGACGCCCAGCAGACGCCAGACGAUGCCGCGAGCCAGACGACUGAGGCACCCUCCACUGUCGUCAAUGGCGACGGCGAGCCAAAGGCAGCUGACCCGCUGGCGCCUGGCGCUGCGCCGCCGAGUCGGAGCGCGAGCUCUGAUGUCGGCCGGCGAAGCACCAGUCAUCUGCCCGCCCUCGCUGCGCCGCGCGACGGGCCGGACCUGGUUGCACCCGAGGAUGGCGACUCAGAUGGCUACGGGCAGCCGAGUCCGCGCGAGAGCAGCCACGAUGCGUUUCCUGGCGGCUACGGCGAGGUCACAUUCGGUCUGGCGUCCGAGGCGUCCACGAGCCAUGAUGUGCCGGCACCAUCGGCGCGCACGGACGCCGUCGAAGAGGAGGCGGCCCCGGCCAGGCCGUGGUUCGUGGUCAAGGUUGGCGACCCGCAGAAGAAGGGCGACCCCAUGACGGCGCACAUCGUGUACACUGUCCGGACAAAGACGUCUGCCAACUAUUUCCGCUCACAGCAGUUCUCCGUCCUGCGGCGCUACUCCGACUUCCGCUGGCUGCACGCUGCGCUCGUGCACAACAACCCAGGCGUCUUCAUCCCGCCCGUGCCUGAGAAGGUCCGGCUGGCGCGCUUCGCACCUGAGCUGGUCGAGGCGCGGCGGCACGGCCUCGAGAACUGCAUCAACAAGAUCGCCAACCACGCGCUGCUGCAGGACGACGAAGACCUGCGCCUCUUUCUGCACAGCGACAACUUUGCGGCCGACGUGAAGCUGAGAGACAUCCGCAAGGGGCCGGUCCCGACGCCCGAGCAGAAGACGUACUUUGGCUGGUCGAGCAGCAUGUCUGCGCCCAAGUUCCACGAGUUCGACGAGUGGUUCGAUGUGCAGAAGGUCUACCUUGAUCAUCUUGAGGGCCAUCUCAAGCAGCUUGUCAAGGCAGUCAAUGCUGUGUCGCAACAGCGGCGAGAGACCGCCGCUGCUACGUCAGAGCUCAGUCAUGCCAUCAUGAUGCUGUCGGGUAGCUCGCUCUCGCGCAGCCUGUCGACCUGCUUCGCAGGCCUGGGCGAGGUGGAGCGACGCACUUGCGAGCUGGCCGACCUCCAGGCCGAGGCGGAUGCGCGGGAGCUGGGCAGCGUGCUGUACGAGUACGAGCGCAUCGUCGGCAGCAUUAGGAAAGCUUUCGCUACGCGCGUCGACGUGUGGCAGGCGUGGCAGCGCUCGGACGAGGAAGGACGCAAGGCACGCAUCAGGCACGAGAAGCUCGGACGCGAGGGCCGUGUCAGCAACGAGCGCCUGCACAGCAGCCUCCUCGAUGUGACGGACGCAGAAGGCAAGGCGCUGGCGCUCAAGCGCGACUUUGACCUGGUGGGCCUCAAGUGCAAGGAAGAGAUGGCGCGCUUCGACCACGAGAAGGUCACCGACUUGCGCGCUGCCGUGGACACAUGGCUGCAAGGACAGAUUGAGAGGCAGCAGGAGCUCAUUGGCGAAUGGGCGCAGUACUGCGCCCUGCUCGAGCGCCAGACGGCGCCGCCGCGCCCUGAGGCGUCUGCAGCGAAGCCGGCGACGCCUGCUGCGCCCGCUCCCGAGACGCAAGACGGCGUGCCGGCCUCGAGCGAGCCAGAAGGCACUGCGCCUAGCCCGGCCGUGGACCCGGCGACGGAGCAGGCAGAGACCGCAGAGCCUGCGGAGGCGUCUGGGCCCGCGCCCGCCGAGCAGCUGGAUGGCGAGCCGGCCGCAGCUGCAGCAGACGGCGAGGAGGCGCAGCAGGCCGUUGCGCAGCCCUCUGCACCGGAAGAAAGCAAGGCAGCUGUCGCGCCAGCGCCUGAUGCACAGCAGGGCGGUGCAGCUGCACCUGCAGCGCUCGAGAGCACGAGCGAGGCCCCAGCCAGCCAGCCGAAAGCUGUCGAGGACGCGGCCAACGACAAAGACGACCAGGCUGCACCAGCCUCGGAGCUGCCCGUGGCAGAGCAAGCGCCACCGCCGGCGGAGACAGCGGCGAAGGUUGAGGAGGAGGAGGCUGCGCCUGUUGCCAAGGCGACCACGGCCGAGCUGCUCGGCAUCUAGCUGCAGCGCGAGCCGCUUGCACAAAUAUAUCAGCUGUCGCGUG